CUCCGGCUGUCCCCAUCCCCGUCCCCAUCCCCACGCCCUGCCCUGCCCUGCCCUGCCUGCUCCCUGCUCCCUGCGCUGCACCGGCAGCGAGUUCGCGUUCGAUUUCGGUUCGCUUGCGGUGGUGGACACUUUUCUGGGAACUCUUCCCCCGCUGCCACUCCCAGUGCCAUGCCAUGCCAUGCCAUGCCACUGCCAGUGCUGGCCCGCGCGCACGCCUCUUCUCUGCCCCCGUCCAAUCUUCUCUCGUCCUUCUUCUCUCCCUCAUCCCCCUCCCUCCGUCCCUCCUCCCUCCUCCCUCCUCACUCACCCACUCACCCACUCACCCACUCACCCACUCACCCACUCACUUACUCCUCCAUCCUCCGUAUCGCAGUGCAGCGCACGCAUUUCGCCGUUUGUCACUGCUUCGCUGUCAGUGUCGAACGUGUAACAAAAUUAAUUGUGCGCUCCUCUUCUCUUCUCGCCCCUCACCGCACUACACCGCACCUCACCUCCCGCACUGGCUCGCCUGGACCAGAUCGUCGCACCCAACAUUCUCCCUCCGCCGCCCGCGUUCCAACGGUGGCCUGUCUCCCACGCCCACGCCCACGCCCUCUCGUUCGCUCGCUCGCUACCGCGGAUCCCCAAUCAAAAAAAAUCCAUCAACCCAUCCAUCCACUCUCCAGCGACCCGAGCAACCCCAGGACCAUCCCAGGACCAGAGCACAGGAUUCCCAGGCGACACAAAUCUCCAGCGCCCUCCGUCUGGAAAUCAACCAGCCAUCACGCAGCACCGCCCCCAUGCGGUCAACGACCUUCUGAGCAUUGCACACAUCUCAACAUCAAACACCCGACACCACAUCGAUAUUGCAUCGCUAUCUAUAAUUCCAGCGAGCGAUAUAUAUCCCGGAGCAGAUCGUUCACCGCAGAGGCUGAACGCUGGGUCGAAGCCUGAAAAAGUUGGAUUUGAAAGAAGCAAACACAACAUUGGAACUUCAUGGAGCGGUAAUAACCACGACGAAUCAUUUUUUCAGUGACUGGAUAUCAUUGCCAAUUGUCAGCAUCAUUACGACCAUACGU